CUGGACGAGCAGUUUCUCGAAUUCCAUGUUUUAUAGUUCUCAGCGGCGCUUUGUUUUUGAUUCCCAUAUCUGCUCCCAACAAAAUCUUUGUCGAAGUAAUCAGUGCAAUUCGUCUCUGCUCCAGAAGAGAGAAAAAAUCGCUCGGAGAUUGAACUCCAAUAAUGGCGGCGAAGCACGACGAACUGCCGGUCCCGAUUUUCUCCUCCCUCGAUCCUGUCUACGGCGGCGAUUCUCAACUGGAAGAGGCCCAGUUCCGGUUCGACAAGUUGAAGUCCAAGUUUCUCCAAGUCUUCGGCCAUCCGCCUGACCUCUACGCCCGCGCUCCAGGUCCAUUUCCUCGUCUGGUCGCUAAGAAAGAGGGGCGGAAAUGGAAAUAACCGCUAGUCGGAGUGAUGGAACUCGGUAGUGCAAUAACUGACGAGUUCGUUUGCGGUUUUUGCUUGUUUUGUUCGGCAGGACGAGUGAAUUUGAUCGGGGAGCACAUCGACUAUGAAGGCUACUCGGUGCUGCCAAUGGCGAUUCGACAGGACACGAUCGUGGCGAUUCGCAAGCGGUCUCCAUCGGAGGCGGAAAAGCUUCUUCGGAUUGCGAAUGUCAACGAGGAGAAGUACGCAACGUGCACUUACCCUGCGGAUCCUAACCAGGAAAUUGACUUGAAACAUCACAGAUGGGGCCAUUAUUUCAUCUGUGGAUACAAAGGUUAUCAUGAAUACGCCAAAACUAAAGGGAUAGAUGUUGGUGUUCCAGUUGGGCUGGAUGUUAUGAUUGAUGGAACUGUUCCAACUGGGUCUGGACUUUCGAGCUCUGCUGCAUUUGUUUGUUCGGCUACCAUUGCAAUUAUGGCUGCUUUUGGUGUCAGCAUUCCAAAGAAAGAAGUUGCUCAGCUGACAUGCGAUUGCGAAAGGCAUAUAGGGACUCAAUCUGGAGGAAUGGAUCAGGCGAUCUCUGUAAUGGCUAAGGCUGGAUUUGCUGAACUUAUCGAUUUCAAUCCUGUCCGAGCAACUGAUGUGCAUCUUCCUGAUGGUGGGACUUUUGUGAUUGCACAUUCUUUGGCAGAGUCUGAAAAGGCUGUCACUGCUGCAACUAACUACAAUAACAGAGUUGUUGAAUGCCGCCUAGCUUCUAUCAUACUAGGGAUAAAGCUCGGAAUGAAACCAGAGGAGGCAAGAUCAAAAGUCAAAACCCUUUCUGAUGUAGAAGGGCUGUGUGUAUCUUUUGCUGGCAAACAUGGUUCUUCUGAUCCUGUUAUUGCAGUUAAGGAAUUCUUGAAAGAGGAACCAUAUACAGCUGAAGAAAUCGAAAAAAUAACUGGAGAGAAGCUUUUAACUACGUUUGGCAAUUCUGCAUCCUCAUUGGAGGUGCUCAAGGCAGCCAAGAACUUCAAGUUGCAUCAGAGGGCAGCCCAUGUUUACUCCGAAGCCAAGCGGGUGCACACUUUCAAGGAUACUGUGGUAGCAAAUGUCAAGGAUGAGGACAAGUUAAAGAAGCUAGGUGAGCUAAUGAACGACAGCCACCACAGUUGCAGCGUUCUAUAUGAAUGCAGCUGUCCGGAGUUGGAAGAACUCGUUAAAGUCUGUCGCGAUCAUGGAGCCUUGGGGGCCAGGCUAACAGGAGCCGGAUGGGGCGGUUGUGCAGUUGCAUUGGUGAAGGAAGCCAUUGUCCCACAGUUCAUCCUUAACUUGAAGGACAAGUUCUACCAGUCAAGAAUAGAGAAAGGGGUGAUCAACAAGAGCGAUCUGGGCCUCUAUGUAUUUGCUUCGAAGCCUUCCAGUGGUGCUGCUAUCUUCAAGUUCUAGGCCUGUCCAGUCAUAUUUUCUAAACCCGUUUUCCUUAGCUAACUUGUAAGAAGUUAGGUUUUACCUUUGUUUAUGCACAAAACCAAAACAUGAUUAUCAGUACAGUGUUAUUGUUGGGUGGUGAAAUAUAAAUAAUUUUCGUCUUUCAGAUACUUUGCUGGGGUUUUGUAGUACUGAACUACUUCUGAACUAAAAACAUGAUGUUCUUGUAUUAUAAUUUUUAGUAAAUACGGAAUUGUGCUGCGUUGUGGAUCCAUUGAUGGUGUUGUAUUGUGAUGUAUUCUUCAUUCACAAGCGCACUUGCGUACUUGUGUUGUUUUGUAUCCCCUGGUCCCAAUGUGGCAAGAAAAUCCAG